CCCCGUGCCCAACCCACAGAGAGAGACGAGAUGGCGGAGGUCAAGGAGCGUGUACGUGUCGAGUACGGGGUCCUGUCGAACGUCGAGAAUGCCAACGGCAUCGUGACCCUGCUCAAGGAGCUCGGCCGUGAGACCGAGACCUCCGUGGCGGUUGCGGCCGCUCACUGCCUCAGGAGGAUAUUCACGCAGCUCUUGGACCCGGCCAAGAACCCCCAGCUUCCUCGCCCUUCCUCCCGGAGAGGCGAUCCCGACACCGUCGUAGGGGGCAGCAGCAAGGCUGGCAAGAACAAGAAGAAGAAAAAGAAGCGUGCUCGUUCCGACGAUGACGCUGGUGGUGGGAAUUCCGCGAGGAGCGUUGUUGCGGGCGUUGAGGGGGGCCAAGACAAGGCCGCCGCCGGGGUCUACCAGGCGUGGCUGGAGGCGCGGUACUUGGACUUCUUGCGGGUGCUUUUGGGGUGGAUAGCGGAGUUCGACGACUUCCACCGACAGGGCCCGGCAUUGCGCACUCUUAUGCAGUUCGUGGAGAUCGAGCCCAUUCUGUGCGUCUCGGCUGCGAAGCUGUCGCGCGCGGGCAGAGGAGGCGGCGGGUUGGUGGGAGGGGAUGGUGGACUAGCGUUCCCGGGGGCGGGGACAAUCUGGGGCGGGCUUUUCGCAGAGUUGAUGCGUACGAUUGUGCUGGGCCCCUGCUCCAUGGAGCCGAAGCUGCUGAAGUCGCUUGGCGAGGACUUCGUGAACGUGUACGACGACAUCAGGUACUUCCUACUAGCCAGCGUCACGUCGAUCGCCAGGCAAGCUCUCGCCGACGAUAACAAGCUCCAAGAGCAAAGAGCAUCACCUACCCCAUCGUCGUCACCUUCCCGCUCCCGAUUCGUGCUCCCUGAGAACUCCCCGCUGAGGGGUUUCCGAGGCACUGCGGCGGCGUUUACGGACGCCCGGGGUGGUGCCGGUGGUGGUUGCGAGACAGCGGCUGGUGCCGGUAAGGGAAGUGAUGAUGGCGAGACAGCAGCCGGUGCAUCGGCGGUGGAUUCUUCGGCUCUUGUUGCUACUCCCUCCAAGCAGAAGAGGAAGAAACGGAAGAAGACCGGCGACCAGCCAGAGGAGAAAGGAAAGAUCGUUGAGGCCUCUGCGGAGGAGGAGGGCGGGGGGCAAAAGAUGGAUCUCGCGGAGGUAAGCGGGCGGCUCGCGCGGGUGCUGAUGGUGGUGCGGAUGGUCGAGGAGCAGUCCGACCUGACGGCGUUUCUGCUGCCGGUUCGCCUCUCGCUUCCGUCGAUGGUUUCGUCUUCCGCCUCCCGACAGCUUGGAAACCCCGCGGUUGGGCUUGAUGGUGACGCCAUCAGCAGCAGCAGCAGUGACAGUAGCGAUGACGAAGAGGAGAAGGAGGAGGAGGAGGAGGAGGGGCGAGCGGGUAGCAGUGGGAAGGGCAAAAGGAAAGCACCGGGGAACGGGAAGGGUACGAAGGGUGGGGCCGAAGGGAAGAAGAUGAGGAUGCUCGCGAUUGAGCGAUUACGGUACCACAAGAAGGCGUUCGGCGACGCGUGGCUCGCCUGCCUUCGACUGCCCCUCCCGCCGGCCCUGUACAGGAGGGUGCUGCUGUUCCUACCCGGCAACGUCAUCCCGUACAUGCCGUCCCCGGUGAGGCUGGCGGACUUCUUGACGGCGGCGUACGGCCUGGGCGGGGUGCGGUCGGUGCUGGCGCUCGACGCCCUGUUCCUUCUCAUGCAGGCGCACGACCUGGAGUACCCGGACUUCUACGACUCGCUGUACCGCCUGGUGACCCCCGACAUGAUGUACGCCAAGUACCGCGCGAGGUUUUUCCGCAUGGUGGACCUCUGCCUGACCUCCUCGCACGUACCUGCCUACGUCGUCGCUGCCUUCCUGAAGAGGUUUGCAAGAGCCACGCUCCAGGCGCCGCCUUCGGGGGCCCUCUUCACGCUCGCCCUCGUCCGAAAGCUCAUCGGGAGGCACCCCGAGUGCCUGCCGCUCAUCAGCAGCAGGGCGCCCGCGGUCUCGAACUCCAAGCACCGCCUCCUUACAUCCUCGGGGGCGCUCAGCGGCACCACCGGCCUCAAGAACCGCCCUCGUCCCUCAUCCGAUGGCAGCGCUCCCGGCGGGGCUNCCCCCCCCCCCCCGGGGGGUGCCGCGGAUGAGUACGAUCCAGGGUGCGAGGAUACCAAGGGGGCCGGGGCCAUGAAGACGAGCUUGUGGGAGCUUGCGGCGCUGCAGAAUCACUACCAUCCCGGGGUGGCCACGCUGGUGAGAACUGGGGUACUCAUGCCGUUGUCGUUGGACCACUGA